GAUUUUAGAUUUUUCAAACUUUCCAUUGUUUUUUCAAUGUGUUGGGUUAGUUUUAGGUUUCUUUAUCAGUUCAAAUAUUUAAAAUUUCAUCAGAUUUUUAAACUUUCAUCCCAUAAAUAUGUUGAAAUUCCACCAUAAAUCGGCUCAUAAAUCAGUAGUUUGAUCAUAUUUUUAUCAACCCAUAAAUCAAUAGUUUGUACCAAAAAAGUUUGAUGGGUUUUGAUUUCUAAAAUUUGAAAUGGAUUUGAUGGGUUUUAUUCGCAGAAAUCUGCAGAAAUUCGAAGUCGUUUCGCUUGAGACAUCAUCCCCAAGAACAAGUUUUCUGGCUUCGGCGCUUUCCGGCACAUCCCCGAAAUAUCAUCGCAGUGCUAAUGGCAGGAAAUGUGCUUCGAAGGUGGACUUAAGAAAAGCCUAUGAUUUCGUAAGUUGGCAUUCCAAGCUCCAGACACUUGAUGGGACUGGGUUUCCUGAAAAUUUUAUAAGUUGGGUCAAGGCAUGUAUUACUUCUCCUAGCUUUUUAAUUAAUGGCAAUGAUAAUGAACUGAAGGAAUAUUUCCCAAGUGCCAAAGGCCUUAAACAAGGGUACCCAUGUCACCCUACUUGAUUGUUUAGGCUAUAGAAAUUCUGACAGGUAUCUUGAGAAAGAAGAUAACAGUGAGUGACUUCAAGUACUCAAGGUAUGCAAAGGAAAGGAUUACUCAUUUGACUUCCACUUAUACAUACUCUUUUGCAUGGCUGAUGUGAGUUUUAUUACUCUAUUUAAAGAAGCUUUGACUGUUUUCCAGAGUUUUGUCUGGUUUAACUCCGAAUCCUGCUAAGAGUGAUGAGUCUUCUAAUAUGGCGUUUCUAGCUUAAU